UGCGCCUCCUCUCGCGCCUUCCCGUCGGUGGAGCUCUUAUGUUGAAAGCGCUGCCGCAGUGACCGGAAGUUGGGUGUGAAUGCGGAAGACAGCCUUCUCUGCGUGGAUGGAAAUAUGAGGAGCGUUUUCAUUGUCUUCAUACACAGCGCGUGCAGGAGACAGUCGGUAACGUUUGCGCUGUUUUGGUCUCCGCUGAAACUCCGCCUUCGGUAACUCAUCGGACCCGGAAAUGACGACAUGCAGCGUCGCCUGACAGAUUGCGCAUUGCUUCCGUUUGCGCCCCUCGGCACCCGCCUUGUGCUUCCUCCUCCUUCUGCUGGUCUCCUGCGAGGACCAACAUGGAGAACAUCUGCGGACCGAUGGUGUCCGUGAGUCGUGACGGCAACAGCGUCAACAUGAAGCUGCUGGAGGUCUCAGGCGCGCGGCGCGUCGAUCAACCGGGCGCUCGUGCGGAGGAGGAGGAGGAGGAGGAGGAGGUCGGUGUCUCCUGCUGCUCCGCAGGGAGGCCUGAAGUGCGGCGCCUCUGGGACGGCACGCGGGUUCCACCGCCGGACCGCCGCUCCGGCCUGUUCCCGGAGCCCGAAGGAUUUCACAUCAAAGAGGAAGAGGAGGAGGAAGAUGUCACCUGCUGCUUGGCUGUGAAGACAGAGGUGGACCAUGGUCACGGUGACGACACGCCUCCUGAGGACCGCAGCUCCGGCGGCCUGGAUCAGGACCCAGAAGGGUUUCACAUCAAAGAGGAAGAGGAGGAGGAGGGGGGCGAGGAAGAGCUGGCUGACUGGCCUCUCAACGUGGUCAUUGUGAAAAGCGAAGAUGAUGAGGAGGAGGAGGAGGAGGAAGCCCAAGCCUCCACCUCAGCCGGCGGGGAGAGCGGCGGGCCGGGCCCGCCCUCGCCUUCCGAGCCCGCCGGCUCGGACACGGACGACAGCGAGGACUGGAGGCAGAGCAGCAGGAAGCCCGCCGCCGCCCACAGGCCCACCUUCUGCACCUGCUCCGAAUGUGGUCGGAACUUUCGCUUCAAGUCAGGAUUGACUCAACACCAGAAGAGCUGCCGUGGAAGGAAGCCCAUCUGCUGCCCGGUGUGCAGUCGCCACUUCAGUCGGCCCGAGUACCUGAAGAAGCACAUGAUCGUUCACACCGGGGAGAAGCCCUUCCACUGCUCCAUCUGCGGGAAGAGCUUCACGUGGAGGGAGCACCUGAAGAGGCACCUGAGAGCGCACACGGGGGAGAAACCUUUCCAGUGUUCCGAGUGCGGGAAGCAUUUCAGGCUGAGCGGAUGUCUGAAGAUCCACCGGAGGACUCACACGGGAGAGAGACCCUUUAGCUGUCCGCACUGUGGAAAAGGAUUCACUUCCAGAGUGUAUCUGAAGCGCCACGUGCUCUCUCACUCCGCGGAACGGACCUUCAGCUGCUCUGUGUGUGACAAGUCCUUCACCUCUCGAGCCAAUCUCAACCGCCACAUGGUGUGUCACUCCGGAGUGAAAGCCAACUGCUGCUCGAUCUGUGGCAAAUGUUACAACCAGAAAGGAUCGCUGAAGAAACACAUGAUGUCUCACGCUGGCACGAAGCCGGUCAGUUGCUCCGUCUGCGGGAAGGAGCUAAUGCAGGACGAGUCGCUGAAGAUUCACAUGCGAAUCCACACCGGAGAGAAGCCCUUCAGCUGCUCCCAGUGUGGGAAGGCUUUCAUCCGCAAAGGAUCUCUGACCGCUCACAUGGUCACGCACAGCGAGCAGAAGUCUUUCAGCUGCACAGUGUGUGAGAAGAGCUUCUUCCGGAAAGGCUCUCUGAAGGUCCACAUGAGGACCCACUCUGGAGAGAAACCCUUCAGCUGCCCCAUGUGUGACAAAAGUUUCAGCGUGAAAGGGACUUUAAAGAAGCACAUGAGGGUCCACACUGGAGACAAGCCGUUCAGCUGCUCGGUCUGCGGCACGUCUUUUGCUCAGGACACGUCUCUGAAGAAGCACAUGAGGACGCACACUGGAGAGAAACCCUUCCAGUGUUCCGUCUGUGGGAAAUGUGUCACUCACAACGGUGCUCUGAAGCUUCACAUGAGAUCGCACACGGGAGAGAAACCCUUCUGCUGCCCAGUCUGCCAAAAAAGCUUUUUCCGUCGAGGAACGUUGAAUGUCCACAUGAGGAUCCACAGCGAGGAGAAGCGCAACUGCUGCUCUGUGUGUGGGAAGAGCUUCAACCAGGAGGAGUCUCUGACCAAACACAUGAGGAUGCACACUGGGGAGAAACCCUUCUGCUGCGCAGUGUGUGGGAGGAGCUAUCCCUUCGAAGGCUACCUGAGGAAACACCUGAAGGUCCACGAGGCCCAGAAGACAGCUGCCUCCAGCCUGCCCAGCACAUCCCACCUGGACCUCCUUCCUUGAGGGGACACCCUCACCCGCUGCCUGUACUGUCGUGGGACCAAAUCUUGAAGGUGUCUGACACCACUGAAAGACCUGGAGUGGACUGGACUCGCUGAGAUCUGGUGGCCUGUCAAGUAUGUGCGUUAUGGUUUGUUGGCGUCUUGUCCACAGGGAAAUCCAAAGACUGGGACUGGAGCAGCUUGUGUCUCUCCCGGGUCAGAACCUGCGGGUGUAGAAGAAGCUCUGUCAGGCGGGAAGUAGAAAGAGAGUUUUUGGCUGUGUUCAGUGGUGAAGUUGUGCCUGCAUGUGCGGCCAGUGUCCAGCUGUUCUUCAUAAAUCAGUUGUCCAGAGUCCGGCUGUGCUUUGUUUCCCGACGGCCAAGGCCUCGGAACACGCGCGGAACGUCUCCUCCGGUGAAUGUCUUGUUUGUCUCCAGCAGGCAUCUGAGGUCCUGACCUCGGAGGCGUCCUGCUGGUGCUGACCCAUGAAGGACGCGCUCUCUUCCUGCCAACGUGACUCGGCUGACGCGUGUCUGCUCGUCCUAUUUUUAAUGUGU